CCCCCGCCCUCCUGCUCCCCCGGUCCCCCCGCCCCCCCCGCCUCCCUCUCCCCAGACCUGGAGCAGAAGCUGGGGGAGCUCCUGCUGAAGUACAGUAACGGGCUCUGGGCCCACGCCCUGCCCAAGCUCUUCCAGGACACCUACAAGACCACGCUGCCCAAUCACGUCCUCCAGAACCUGGCUCUCCUCUCCCACAUCUGCUCCGUGGACUACCCCAUGCCCGACAACCCCAAGAGGGCCAUCCUGUACCGGCGAGCGCGGGGAGGCAGCGGAGGAGGAGGAGGAGGAGGAGGAGGAGGAAGGGAGGAUGAGAAGCCUAACUGUACGGGCGAGGAGGAGAGGAGGGAGGAGGUGGGGAGGAGGCUGAGGCACCAGGCAGCACCUCCUCUCCACAUCCCCAGGGAGGAGUACCCCUCUGUGCUGGUGGUGGAGGCCGGCAGCACCAACGCAGUCAUCCUCCGCUACAUCGGUGAGGGUUACUCCCAGGCCCAGGAGACCCUGGAGGACGAGAUGAGGGAGUUCUAUCGCCAGGACAACCAGCGUCGACCUUUGACCUCCCCGGCCUCGGGCCAGCUGGCAGCCGUCAGGGCUGAGGAGGAGGAGGAGAUCCUGCGAGCACAGGUCACAGAGGUCAUGGCCGACAAGGUCAAGGUGUACUAUGUGGAUCAUGGCUUCUCGGAGGUCAUCAGCAAAGGAAAAGUGUUGGAGCUGCAUGAGAAGUUUUUCCAGCUGCCCCUCCAAGCGACCAGGUGUAAACUGGCAGGCCUAGAGCCUUUCUGCCAGGAGCCCGCCGUUCUGAAGAAGUUCGAAGCCAUGGCCAGCGGGAGGAUCCUAUUGGCUGAGAUCCUGGAGAGGGAGCAGACCCCAUUAGUGGUCCUGUACGACACGUCGCAGGAUGAUGAUGUCAACAUCAACGCCACGUGCAUGAAAGCUCUGCAGGACAGGACCCUGGCCAGCCCCCUGCAGGUCAACAGUGCCUACAUGAAUGUGACAGUGAGUAGCGUGUGUUCAGAUGGAACCAUCUACUGCCAGCUGCGCUCCAGAGGACUGACUAAACUGACGGACAUCCUGAACAGGGCGGAGGCCUACUUCCACUCCCAGGUGACCUCAGAGUUCCUGGUGGCGAGGCCCUUCUGUGGGAAGGCCUGUCUGGCCAGGUACAAGGGCAAAUGGUCUCGUGUGGAGAUCACUAACCUGCAUGGUAGCCGUGUGCUGGACAUCCUGUUUGUGGACCUGGGGGUGCAGGCGUCUGUGGAGGUGUUUGAGCUGAGAGAGAUCCCCCCUCCCUUCCUGAAAGACCUCGUCACCAUCCCCCCACAGGCUGUGAAGUGCUGUCUGUCUGACCUGGUGGUGUCUGUGGGCUCCUGGACCCCUGAAGCCGUGCAGUGGCUACGAGACGCCGUGCUCAACUCUACUGACUGCAGCAUGAAGAUCGCCAAGAUGGACGACAGCAAGCGUUGCGCCCACGUCCACCUGUUCCCCGACAAGAACUACCACGACCCCUCACGCAGCCUCAACCACAAGCUGGCCACCUCCGACCUCUUCAAACACCACCGAGACGUCUUCCUCUCCAGCCACACCCUCCCGCCCCCCUCCCCCGCCACCCCCCCUGCCCCCACCACAACCUCCACGCCCAGGACCACCACCACCACCAACGGCACCACCCCAUCCUCCACCUCCAAGCUCCGCAGGGCCCACUCCGGCUCGGGGCCCAACCCCAGCAGAGGCACCCCUCCCCGGCCACGCUCCCCUCCCCGGCUCCCUGCCCUCCUGGAGCUCCCCCAGGUGGGUCAGAACCUGGACAUCUACGUGUCGGUGGCCUGUCACCCGGGCCACUUUGUGCUGCAGCCCUGGAGGGACAUGUACAAGCUGGUGAUCCUGAUGGGGGAGAUGAUCCUGUACUACAACAAGACGGACGAGAAGCCAGUCAGGGCGGAGAAGAACCAGGUGUACGCUGCCAAGGUGGAGAACAACUGGCACCGGGUGCUGGUGAAGGGCGUGCUGACCAACGGGCUGGUGUCUGUGUACGAGCUGGACUACGGCAAGCAUGAGCUGGUGGACGUGGCCAAGCUCCGCCCCCUCAUCAAGGAGUUCCGACAACUGCCCUUCCAGGGCAUCACCGCUCAGCUCGCAGGGGUGAAGCAGAGGCAGUGGUCGGAGGCGGCCUCCAUCGUGUUCCGGAACCACGUGGAGAAGAAGCCCCUGGUGGCCCAGCUGGAGGUGGUGCAGGAAGCGGAGCAGCCCUGGGACAGGAAGCUGACCGUGUUCCUGGUGGACACCUCGCAGGAGGAGCGCGACGUCUGGGUCCACGACAUCAUGGCCGAGUUUGCCACUGAGCCGUAGGAGGGGAGGGGGGUUGCCGGGGGCUACGGGAUGCGUGUCACCGUGGGAGGAGAAGGGGGGGGGUCAGAAGGCGUUGCCGGGGGCGAUCUGGAGGAGAGGAUGGACACGGGAUGAGACUUGUGACGGUUGUGUUGUGCUUGAUUGAAGUUGUGAACUUACCUGUCGCACACAUGCGUGGUUUCGCCAUGUGAUGGAAGCUAUGCAUCACCCUUGUGCUGGUGAGUUUGAAGCUUUGCGCCCAUGUCUUAUUAGAUCAAGCUGUUGAAUCCAUCGAGGGUUGCUGUGAUUGAACCCUGGAGCAACUACACAGAGGAAAGCUUUCUCUUGAUAAAGCUGUCGAAUACAUCUACUAUUAACCUCUGGUUUCAAAAGUGUAAUGCAAUCUUAAAUAAUGCACAGUAUUUAACACACUUGGUCAGAGAAUGUGGUUUAAAGGCCUUGAAAGAGGCCUCAGAAAUUGGGCUGGUCUUAAAGUUUACUAAAGUUCAGAACAUUCCUUUUCUUGGAUGUUGAUGUGACAGACAUGUUGUCUUUUCCACUCAUGUGACUUUUGGUUUCGAUCUUAUUUAUUUUUUUCCCCCAUUUGUUUUGUGUCAAGACAAUAAGACGACUGCAGAUGCCUGCAUGAAAAGUAGCUGUAUUUUGUGAAUAACAUAGUUUGAUGCUAAUAUAUGCUAACUGUUAGUGUUGAAUGAAUAUUACACUCAAAUCUGAUUUGUUUUCAUGAAAGUGCUUGGCAAACUUUAGAGUGAAAUAGUGCUUUAUAGGGAGGGAGCCUCGCUUGGAUGCUGGUGAAACUCCAAACCCAGGACAGUGUUAUGUGCACAUCUGGAGCCAAACUGCUCUAAUUAACCAUUUCAUUCUGGAUAAUCUCUCUUAGGUUCAAAUGAAUAUUGGAGGUUAAUAGAAUCAUGAAGAAAAAGGUUUUUGAAAUAAAGCUACAAGGAGAAAGUAGUUUGUUGU